AUGUCGCCAUCUCCCAGAGAAACCAUUGUCAUUACCGGAGGUGGCGGAUACUUUGGGCACAGAUUGGGUUGCCGUUUGGCUGAGGAUGGAAUCAAUGUGGUUCUCUUCGACAUUAGAAAACCGGCUCAGAAUCUCCCGGACAGAAUCCGGUUUAUAGAAGGGGACAUUCGCUCUCUCUCCGUGGUAGAAGAUACCUUAACCAACGCCAUUUGUGUAAUCCACACGGCCUCCUACGGAAUGUCGGGCCGGGAACAACUUCAAACACGGCUCAUCGAGGAGGUCAACGUGAAGGGUACGGAAAACGUCAUCCAAGCUUGCUUGAGUAAAGGAGUCCCGAGGCUGGUGUACACCAGUACAUUUAACGUGGUGUUUGGAGGGCAGACGAUUCGAAAUGGAGACGAGUCUAUGGAAUAUCUACCUCUGAACCGCCAUGCCGAUAAUUACUCUCGUACCAAAGCCAUUGCCGAGAUGAAGGUGCUCAAAGCCAAUGGGCUUGAGCUGGCCAAUAAAAGCGGGCUCUUAAAGACUUGCGCCCUUAGAUCAGCUGGAAUCUACGGGCCUGGGGAACAAAGACAUCUUCCAAGGAUCAUCAAGACUGUUGACCAAGGUUUGUUCAUGUUCUUGUAUGGCGAUCACCAUAACCGGGUGCAGUUUGUACAUGUGGACAACUUAGUUUCUGCCCACAUUUUGGCAGCUGAAGCCCUUACCGAACAGAAAAGCAGCAUUGCGGCUGGGAAGCCAUACUUUAUUGCCGAUGGCCAUCCAGUUGACAACUUUGAAUUCCUACAGCCUUUUAUUGAAGGUCUGGGGUAUAAAUACCCAACCUUUCACCUCCCCCUCUUCUUCGUCUACCUUAUGGCCUACCUCACAGAAUGGCUUCAUUUUCUUAUCAGACCUCUUUAUAAUUUCCAGCCGUUGCUGACCCGUGCCGAAGUGUACAAAACAGGUGUCACUCAUUACUUUAACCUGGAUAAAGCCAAGAAGGAGCUUGGAUAUGAUCCCAAGCCUUUUAAAAUGUCCAAAGUCACCGAAUGGUACAAAGCUCAGGGAUACGGAAAACGGGUAACACGGGACAAAAGCAAUAACUUCCUCUGGGACCUGGUGUUGUGUCUUUUGUUUAUUGUUGUGCUGCUUGCUUGGUUUCCGAAAGUGGUGGGGUGA